ACUUUUUUUUUUUAUCUAUACUUAAACAAUAAUAUUUUUACGUGGUUUUAUGGGAACUGAUACUUGAGUUCGAAUUCAAAACAGUGUUAAGGUAAUUGUUACUUAUUUACCUUGACUAUAUUGGCCCGAGCUUUUGUAGCAUCAUGAGAGUCGUGGAAUUCUUCAGUGGCAUCGGUGGGAUGCAUUUCGCUUUAAAAGAAUGCGACAUGACAGAUUUCGAAGUAGUUCUAGCCGUUGAUAUAAAUACCGUGGCUAAUACAGUGUACAGGCAUUUCUUCCCAUCCACAAAUCUUAGGGAUUUGAACAUUGUUUCUCUUAGCCCUGAACAAUUUGAUGCUUAUUCACCAGAUAUGCUGUUAAUGAGUCCCCCGUGUCAACCAUUUACAAGAAAUGGCCUCGUUAAGGACAUUGGUGAUGAUAGAACUAAACCUCUGCUACAUAUUAUUGAAAAUAUAAUUCCAAAAUCACGAUCCCUCAAGUAUAUUUUAGUUGAAAAUGUUAAAGGGUUUGAAUGUUCUUUGGCUAGAAACAAACUUGUUGAAUCUUUGAGUCAGUCUGGUUUUACUUAUAGAGAAUUUCUGCUCAGUCCUGUACAUUUUGGUAUAUGCAAUUCAAGGCUCAGAUACUAUUUAUUGGCAAAGAAAAAACCAUUAGAUUUUGCCAUUCCUUUGCAAAAUGAUAUUAUAACUGAAAAUCAUUGGGACAAUAAACUGUGUGAACAUGUUAAACAAGUUUCAGAUGUGUUAUGUGAAUCUGAAACAGAAUUAAAAGAAUAUUUAAUAAAUGAUAAACAGUUAUUAAAAGGUGCCAAAGCUUUGGAUAUUGUCACCAAACAUUGUAAGAGGUCAUGUUGCUUUACACGUUCCUAUAGUUCAUAUUUAUGUGGUACUGGUUCAGUAUAUUCAAGUUUAUGCGAAGAAAAUGUUGAAAAUAUUAAAAAAAUCAUUAAUGAUAAUGAAAGUAAUUUAGAAGUAUUAAAAAGUCUAAAACUAAGAUUUUUUACACCAGCAGAAAUUUCACGAUUUAUGUGUUUUCCUAAAUUAGAUUUUCCAGUUAACAAAAAAAAAGCUUAUCAGCUAUUGGGUAAUAGUAUAAAUGUUUAUGUUGUAUCUAGGCUUUUAUGUGUAUUAUUAUCUUAA